UAUAACUGAUUAUGUUAGGGGUAGUAACUGAGGACAUUUCGGUUCAUUUGAUAAAAAUAACUUAAAUUACGAAAAAGAAACACUUUUAAACAAAGAGGUAGUAAAUCUACAGCCUAUGGAUUCAUUGAAAUGGAAUAGUGUUGCCAUGGCAACAGUCAGCGCGCCCCCGACUUAUAACUCCAGUUUGCAACAGAUCCAAAUGUACAUGCUCAGAGUAAACGUUCAACACACACUUACACACACUAGAGCGGCCUUUUAUUUAACACGCAGGCUUCAGUGUGGCGUCGUGCUACCACCCGGAGCUCCUGAACCAGGAGCAGGUAAUUCGACCAGGUACCAGCGUCAAUGAUGUACUUUGUCCCUUCUCGCCCCCACUACCAUGUCAAAACAAGGAACAGUCGGAAGUGGAAAUAAUCAUGGCAAAGGGGAAACUGGAGAAAAUGAGACAUACACAUCUUCGUGCGAAGAGCUGAAGCGGGCAAGGCCGAGAGAAAUGACACGGCCAGAGAAAUGUACGUUUCCCCUCGCUGCCCUUGCUCUGGUUGCAGCCGUUUGCGUGGCACCGCUGGCAGCUGACAUGUCCACACCUGCCUUUCGUCAUCGGAAACACAGCAUCCUGAAGAUGGACGAGGCACUUCUGACAGUCAACAACGAGCUGGACACGGGGGUGGUGGUGUCCUGGAUAUCAGAGCGCUGCCACCAGUGUUUGUACCAGCAGCUAGGGGUCGUACCAGCAGCACCCAGUCCCGCCCGGCUCAGUUCAGUUGAAUUCGUCGUGAGCACACAGCAUGAAAUUACACUACAGCUCAACAGCACUCCUGUCAACCUGGACCUGUGCAUGGUUCCAUUUCACUUUGGCGAGCACGGAAACUACUCUUUGUGGUUGAAAAAUCUGAACAACUCCUCUGUGGUCAAUUGCUCUGUAGUGACCGAUGCAGACCCCAUCAACAGCUUCAUACCGAUAUUGGUCGCUUUUCUCAUCUUUGCUGGACUGGUCUUGGUGUCUGCCAUUGGAAGAACAAUAUUAGGGCUUGAUGUAGUGAAGAGUAUCCUCUUCCGAAUUGGUGGCUCCAUGGAGACAGAGCGGCUCAUCAACUCUGAACUGGGCUCACCUGGCAGGACAGUGCCACCAGUUACUGACAACAUCCUCCCUCCUCUACCCAACCGCAGCAAGAGGCUGAGAUCUCUGGACACAUUCAGAGGCAUUUCUUUAGUCAUCAUGGUGUUUGUGAACUACGGAGGGGGUCGAUACUGGUUCUUCAGACACGAAAGCUGGAAUGGUCUUACUGUUGCAGAUUUAGUCUUCCCUUGGUUUGUGUUUAUAAUGGGGACAUCUAUUGCUCUGUCAACCAACUUCCUGCUGUUAGCAGGGUCAACCCGCUGCUCACUGCUGAGGAAAGUAGUGGGAAGGAGCCUACAGCUCUUCAUUAUCGGUGUCCUCAUUAUCAACCCAAACUACUGCCAGGGACCAUUAUCUUGGGACAACCUUCGGAUCCCAGGUGUGUUGCAGCGCCUGGCCUGGUCGUACCUAGUUGUAGCCUGCCUGGAUCUGUUAGUGGCAAAAGGUCACCUUGACAUCCUCACGACGGGUGCUUGGUGGUCCCCUUUCCUUGACAUUUUGCUGUACUGGCCAGCUUGGCUGUGCAUGCUCCUUUUAGAAAUCCUCUGGCUGUUCCUCACUUUCCAACUCCCUGUACCCGAUUGCCCAACAGGCUAUCUGGGCCCAGGUGGAAUUGGGGACAUGGGCCUGUAUCCUAACUGCACCGGUGGAGCGGCUGGUUUCAUUGACCGUUGGCUGCUGGGAGAAAACCACAUCUACAAGACGCCCUCGUCACGGGUGAUUUAUGCAUCGCACGUGCCUUUUGAUCCAGAAGGUGUUCUUGGCAGCAUCAACUCUGUCCUCAUGGCUUUUCUUGGAUUACAGGCAGGAAAAAUAAUCUUACACUACAGAGAUCUCCACACAAGUAUAAUGUCAAGGUUUCUUAUAUGGGGUCUCUUAUUGGGAGCUAUAUCAGCACUUCUGACCAAGUGUUCCACUGACCAGGGCUUCAUUCCUGUCAACAAGAACUUAUGGUCCCUGUCCUAUGUGACAACACUAGCCUGUUUUGCCUUUGUGCUGCUGGUGCUACUCUACUACACAGUAGAUGUGAAGAGGUGGUGGUCUGGAGCACCUUUCUAUUACCCCGGUAUGAACUCCAUCCUUGUGUAUGUGGGCCAUGAAGUGUUUGAGGAGUACUUCCCAUUCCGCUGGCAUAUGGCAAACAGCCAAUCCCACGCUGAGCACCUCAUCCAGAACCUCGUGGCUACUUCCUGUUGGGUGUUCAUCUCUUACGUGCUCUACAGAAAGAAGAUUUUUUGGAAAAUUUAGAAGUGGGGCCCUUAAAUGAUGGCUCCUUCAGACAAUAGUAGCAGAGGACAUUGUUUACAGUCAGAAUUGCUGGAACUAUGAUCUGAACACUUGGGAAUCAGUAAACAGGAGACAGAGAUAUAUUUUGUCAAAACUAGGAUUGUUCUCUGUCUCUGAACACAUCCCCCCGUUUAGUCACUAUUUUAUACGACCAUAAAUGUUCAAAGACUCUUUUUUUCCAAAGAUCUAAAAGUUUGAAUCAUCCCUGCCACUUAUCUUCACUAACUCAGGAAGAACUUUUCUAAGAAUAGUUGGAGAAUUUGAGAACUAUGAAGACUGACAUUGUUGUCAAUCUUCUAUUUGAUUAUGUGUUAUAGAUGCAGGUUCCAUUCGUUGUCCCGAGCCACACAAUACAGCAUUGAUGUUUCAGUAGUGAAUUACCAAGCCCUUGUUAACUUCCCUAUUCUUUGCUGGAAUCUUAAAUCCAGCAGCAUUACCCUGAAAUCUUAAGUGUUUUUUUGUUUUUUUUGUGAUAGUGACUCUUCAAGGGCAGGAGACAGUAAUUGAUGAGCCCUCAAAUGAAUAGGCUACCAAUAAUCUCUUGUGAUCUUUUAUUUUCCAAUACACAAUGGUGGUUGGUAGUGAUAUUUAAAAUAAGAGAGUAUUAUUUACUUUUUCAGUUGUCUGCACAGAUUUAAUCAUCAGACCAUCUCAAUCCACCGUCCCCUUGCUUAGCAACAAGGGUCCAGUGGUUCGAUAUAUGAUGGUGCAUUUUACUGAGUGUUGAGGGUAAGUGAUGGAGGGCAUGUCAGAUGACUAUUAGAACCCACUGCAGGUUACUUGUUUUGCAUUUUGGUUGAAUGCAUGGUAAUAGUCUAGUUAAUUAAGUUAGCAAAAACAGAAAUCACAAACCUUUUGGUUUUCUUACACAUGCCCUCUUUUUUUUGCAUUGGCUGAAAUGAUUUGUCUUUCUCUUGACAGAAGUCUAGAUUUUUUUUUAAUUUUGUCAAAUGAUUCAUGAAUUUACAGAAAGAAAUUCCACUGUGUUGUCCAGCCUCCAAAAUGACCAUAAAGUUGAACUAAAACCAAACCAGUUUCAAAACAGACUGACCAUUAGAACUUUCAUGAAGUUAAGAUGUGCUGCAGGAGUGUUAGUUUUAACUAGGUGUAUAAAAUGCCAACGGAGUCUGUACUUGAUGAUGCCUCACCAUAAAACUGUUUCCCUUACUUACAUCAUUCUCUGUAAAUGUGCGCCAUCCUUUGAUUGUUAUUAUAAGUAUUACUUUUAUGACCUGACUUUGUAGAACCAAAUGAUCAGUAUGUCGACUAUCUAAUUGCUGAGGGAGAUUUUUGAAUGAUUGCCCACCUAGUUCUGCCUUAAUUAAAGGCAUUCAUUUUGUUAUACUUUUAUACAUGUAUUUCUUUUAUCAAUUCUCAAUUUAAACACUAUGAUGGUAUAAUAAAUAAUAUUCCAAAGGA